AUGCAAGCAGAUCAUUCAAAAGGAGAUUCGGAUGUGUUUUCGAAUAUCUUUCCUUAUUUUUUUAUCCGAUCUGUGACCGAGCAAGAAUGUAAAAAGUUGAUUGCAGAAGUGUUUGUUCCAUACUCGAUCCCAGCUUCAACUAAUUUUGGAGUUCAAAAGGAUCUUCGACAAAAACGAUUUUCUUUUGAAUUGUCAGUUCAUGAACCCUUAGCCGCUUUGUUAACUCGUCUUAUAUCUUCUAUUAAUGGUCAGCAUUUGAAAGGAAAGUGCGUAACCACCAAUGACAGAGUUUAUUUCGCUACAAAAGCUAGCUUAGUUUGCAAAAAUACAGAUGAAUCUAGUGGUUCAACAGAAUUUAACGAUGACAAAACUCUUGAAGAGUGUUUCCUAUCUGACUCUAGUAACGAUGAUGUUAAUAAACCAUACCAAAUGUUGCUGCAAAUCAACUUUUCUAUGCAUGAUUAUCCUGAAAAAGAUACCUUGCUCGUUUAUGCUGUCCAAAGAAAUCCAGCACGUAUAGUCCAAUGCCGUUUAAACACAAUUCCAAUGGUGGGUUGCCCAGUUGUACCAUUUCUUGAAGGGGAAAAUAUAUGUCUGACAAAUUCUGAAUUUCUCUGGUUCGUCGGACAGUCUAAAAAAUGGCCCGAUAAACCUUGUCACAGAGGCUUCCUAUUCAUACCGACUGAAGAUCAUGUUGGUUUGUCGAUUCGGCUGAAAGUUCGUGUACGUGAUGUUAAAGGCAUGGCCGGUGUUCCAUUUGGAACAUGCAAAUUUUUUGAUCCGUAUGGACAACCAAUUGAAUGCAAAUCACCGGUUCUUAUGGCACCUAAUCAGAUAUUUCAUCAACAGAGGUAUAAGUGGAUUGAAAACAAUCAACUAGAUUCGCAACAUUUACGUGUUGUCAGUUACAACAUUCUGGCUGAAAUGUACACUCAAUCUGAAUUUGCUCGUGACCAUUUAUUCAAACAUUGCCCAGAGAAAUGUAUUAGUUCAUCCUACCGAUUACCUUUGAUUUUACGUGAACUAUUUUCCUAUCAGUCGGAUUUCAUUUGUCUUCAGGAAGUUGAUCGAUGGGUUUACGACAAAUACCUUUUGAAUGCUUUACGAUCUCAUCGAAAUAUGGACGGCAUAUUCUUAGCUAAAAGAGCAGUCGUAACUGAUCCACAUAAUCCAGCUAAAAUAAAAACUGACAUAGAAAAAGAAAAGGGUGAAGGUUGUGCAAUUUUUUACCGUCGCACUCGUUUUGAACUUGUAUUGAAAUGCGGCCUACCAUCAAUACUUCAUUAUGCCUCAACUGUUCCAUUUUUAUCAGUUAUGCUAAAUAGUUUCAAUUCUACAACAUCAAAUUGCGGUUCUACGUCUCAUUCCUUUGGUGAAGAAGAUAAUGAAACCCAUAUUCAAAAGUCGUUAUCACAAUGCCUGAUCAGUGGAAUAUUUCGGGAAAAGUCGACCACAUCACAAUCUCCUUUACUGAUUGUUUCGAAUGCCCACUUCUACUUUCAUCCUUCUGCUAGCGCAAUUCGAAUGAUUCAGGCAUGUACAGUACACCACUACUUAUCAAAACUUGCUAUGGAUUACAGACAGUUGGAUAAGAGACCGAUUCCAAUUGUUUUUUGUGGGGAUAUUAAUCAGUGUCCAGGUAGUGAUGUGUAUACCGCUCUCACUCAAGGUGACAAAUGCUCCUCUGACGAGAAAUUUCCUUAUCAGCCUACGUUUGCAUCAGCUUAUGAAAAUAAUCCACUGGAAUUCACUAACUGGGUGCCUGGAUUUCACAGUGUUUUGGAUGUCAUACUGUAUAAUACCGACUCAGAUUUGAAGUGUAUCCAUGUGUUACCGAUUGGUUCACUGGAGAAAAUGAAAGAGCUGUUAAUCCAACUAAUGAGCGCAAAUGGUCAAAUCACACCGGAUUCUAGUGAAUUGGGUCUGCCAAAUGCCUAUUUCCCAAGUGAUCAUAUCGCUCUUGUCGCUGAUUUUUCAUGGGACUCUUUAAAACAUACAAGUGAAUAA